CCGGAAGUGGUGAGAGGGUCUACCCGGACCCAGGGCAGGCGGGUCGAGGGCGUUGGAGCUGCGGCUCACCGCGGUCUGGAGGUGGAGGAAGUGGUGGCUCACUGCUGCGGCAAAGCGAAGACGGCCGACAUGGUGGGGCGGGAGAAGGAGCUCACCAUCCACUUUGUUCCGGGGGACUGCCGAGUGGUCGAGGAGGAAGUUAACAUCCCCAAUAGGCGGGUUCUUAUCACUGGUGCCACUGGGCUUCUUGGCAGAGCUGUAUACAAAGAAUUUCAGCAGAGUAAUUGGCAUGCCGUUGGCUGUGGUUUUAGAAGAGCAAGACCCAAAUUUGAACACGUUAAUCUGUUGGAUUCAAAUGCCGUUCAUCACAUCGUUUAUGAUUUUCAGCCCCAUGUGAUAGUACACUGUGCAGCAGAGAGAAGGCCAGAUGUCGUAGAAAAUCAGCCAGAUGCUGCUGCUCAGCUUAACGUGGAUGCUUCUGGGAAUUUAGCAAAGGAAGCAGCUGCAGUCGGAGCAUUUCUAAUCUAUAUUAGCUCAGAUUAUGUCUUUGAUGGAACAAAUCCUCCAUACAGCGAGGAAGACAUACCAUGUCCCCUGAACCUGUAUGGCAAAACAAAAUUAGAAGGAGAAAAGGCUGUCCUGGAGAACAAUUUAGGGGCUGCUGUUUUGAGAAUCCCGGUUCUGUAUGGAGAAGUUGAAAAGCUUGAAGAAAGUGCUGUGACUGUCAUGUUUGAUAAAGUGCAGUUCAGCAACAAGUCGGCGAACAUGGACCACUGGCAGCAGAGGUUCCCCACGCACGUCAAGGACGUAGCCACCGUGUGCCGGCAGCUAGCCGAGAAGAGAAUGCUGGAUCCGUCAAUAAAGGGAACUUUUCACUGGUCCGGCAACGAACAGAUGACAAAGUAUGAAAUGGCCUGUGCGAUUGCAGACGCCUUCAACCUCCCCAUCAGUCACUUACGGCCGAUAACUGACAGUCCUGUCUUGGGAGCACAGCGUCCAAGGAACGCCCAGCUGGACUGCUCCAAGUUGGAGACCCUGGGCAUUGGCCAGAGAACACCGUUUCGGAUUGGAAUCAAAGAGUCGCUCUGGCCUUUCCUCAUCGAUAAGAGAUGGAGACAGACAGUCUUUCACUAGUGUGUGUGUGUUGUCUUUUUUUUUUUUUUUUUAAUGAUAGAAUUCUGUAUGUGGCACUUUUUAAACAGAAAAAAGAAAUAGUUUUGUAUGAGUGCUCUUUAAUUGUGACUUAUGAUCUUUCAGGUAAAUGAUGUUCUUGCACUAGUGAAAUUAUGUAAAGAAACUAAGGUCAAUAAUGCCUUGUCUGAAGUAAUGAUGUUUGUUUUUUUUCUCGUUUUGUUUGUUCUGGCUUCACUUGCUGUUUGAGUGUAGUAGAUUAUGAUUCUGCAGCAUUCGAGAGCCAGGGUGAAACAGAUCUGCUGUAGACUUCUUUUCGGAGGGAGGGGGUGAAAUGCAUUGUUCAUUCUUCUAACCUCUGCAGUUUCAGGACUACUGCAGCUUCGACCCUUUUCUGUUUUAAAGUGUUAAAUAGUGUGAAAAUCAUUGUUGUUCAUUGUUUGCUUUGCUUGAGCCCAGAUCAAAAUGUCUGAAGAAAGAAACUUUAUUUUUGCAACUUAAGUACAGUUUUUAUGCUUGAGAUAAUAUUUCCACAUGUUAUGUUUAUUGGUACUCCUGCCGCUCGAUGCCGCCUGCUUUUGUAGCAGCGUGUGGUGAACACUUGAGAAAGUGUGUGUCUGUAAUUUUUAAAUAUAUAUGAAACUGUCCUUUUCACUCCAUGUCACUGAUGUUUCAUAUAUGUGGUUAUACUAAUAAUAAUGGGCCUUGUAAGUCUUUUGACCAUUCACGAAUAAUAAUAAAUGUGUACUGUUGGCAUGGUA